GACAGAGGAGCUUCUCUUGCCGUGCCUGGAACCGGCAUCCCCUUUGUGGAGCCAGGGUCAGCGCUGUCGCGCUAGGGGACACCAAGUUUGUGGAGCUGACAUGGACCCAAAUCCUCGGGCAGCCCUGGAGCGCCAGCAGCUCCGCCUUCGGGAGCGGCAGAAAUUCUUUGAGGACAUUUUACAGCCGGAGACAGAGUUUGUCUUCCCCCUGUCCCACCUGCAUCUUGAGUCACAGAGACCCCCCAUAGGUAGUAUUUCAUCCAUGGAAGUGAAUGUGGAUGCCCUGGAGCAAGUAGAACUUAUUGACCUUGGGGACCAAGAUGGAGCAGAUGUGUUCUUGCCUUGCGAAGACCCUCCACCAACCCUGCAGACAUCUGGGAUGGACGACCUUACAGAGGAGCUGAGCCCGCCAAUGGCCACGCCAGACAGGACCGCGUCCCGUACCUCCUCCUCGUCUUCUGACGACUCCACCAACCUGCACAGCCCAAAUCCCAGUGACGGCGGAGCGGACACACCCUUGGCACAGUCUGAUGAGGAAGAGGAUGGGGCCGAUGGAGGGGCAGAGCCCGGAGCUUGCAGCUAGCAGUGAGCGUCCAUCUACAGACUGACCGAGCUGGCUCUUCCCCACAGGAGCCGCUAGGCCCAGCCAGAGCCCUGUGGAGAAGACCGGACUCUGGGGAGGCAAGGACGGUGGGAUGGUGCGCCUCUCUGGGAAUUAACCCUCCUGCUUUACUGCUAACCCUUCCCGCCAUGACCCUCCCACCAGUGUUUGGCUUACUCCCGAGGCAGGGUUUACAGGCGCGGAGAUGGAAGAGGAGGUAGGACGAGAUGCCUCUGCUUUUCCUAGCGCCCCUCCCUCCCCAGACUAUCCCACAGUCUUCCCAUAGAGUCUCCUACACCAGCGUCUCUAAGUGGACGCAAACUCCUAGCACUCCCAGUGGGUGGUACCCCUGCUCCCACACCUCCUGUUUGGGAACAGGUCACGGGAUAAAUAAUAAACCAAUAAUAUACCAACCAUC